UAUUCAUUCGACAGAUCCAUCGGCUGCCUAAAAGUCUAUUAUUCAGAAAAAAAGAAAACGUAUUUAUCUAAAUUCUUAGUGGAGAAAAAAGUCGUAAUUGAGUUUGGAAAUAACUCAAAGAUAUAAUUAUUUAAGUUAAAUAUAAGUAACUAAAGUAUAAUGUCGUGCACACCAGCAUAUCCGUGUUGUAUUCCAUGCGAUCCUUGCCCGGCACCUCUGCCGCAGGGUCCACCUCAUGCGUUUACUGCUAACGAACUAGCAACAAUGCCACAAUGUGGACCUCCAUGUCCGCCACCGCAAGGCAGGUACAUAACUGUCCAGCAGCCACCAAGGCUGGUUGUGAAGAAACGAGUGGAAUGCGUUCGAAGGAUCUUCAAUGAUCCAAAAGUAGUCAACCGGUUAGAAAGAUAUUAUUGCCCACAAAUAACACGUUGCUCAAAACUUGUGAAGAUUCCAGUCAUACGUUACUUAACAGAAGUUGUCAAGGAGCCGAAAAUCACGUGGUUUCAGUCAUACGUUCCAGAUCCCUACGUAAUAUGCAUACCGCGCGUUGUCAUUCAACCGAAGGAAGUUUGCCAAACUUUAUUAUGUCAGCCGAAACCGCAGGUGGUCGAUGUGCCAAUACCGCCUGAGUAUUGCUGCUAUCCAGCUGGACCGGAGUCAAUUAGGUGUUCUCCACCAUGUGCCCCAUACCCAUGCCCACCGUCUGGCUUACAACCUUGCAAGCCUUCAAAUCCAACAUGUGGUCCAUGUCGGCCGUGUGAUCCAUGUGGGCCCUGCCCUCCGUGCGGUCCUUGUUCACCAUGUGGCCCUUGUCCACCAUGUGGCCCUUGUCCACCAUGUGGCCCUUGUCCGCCUUGCGGACCGCCUAUUGGACCAUGCCUUCCUUUUGAUGUAUGUGGAUCUGGAUCUCCUUGCGGAGGCCCGUGUGGACCUUGCUGUCCACCAUGUUAGAAAGUGGGUUUAAACAUUCGGUGAAAGAAGAAAUUCGGUGUUUACAAUUAAAGAUUUUUUUCGUGAUACGAGCUUUGGUGUACUUUAUAAAGUUUAUUGUUCUGAUGAUAAAGCGCAGUGUAUUUCCAAUUUUAGUUGCCAUUAUGUCAUCCGAUGUACCAAAGAUAAAUGGAAUGAUGAGAUUUAAAAAUUA